GAUAGGCCGCGUCGCACUGCGCUUCGAAUACAUCGCGAUGUCCGAACUAAAACUAUCGCACUUCAAACCGUCAACAACAUGAUUAAAACUAUCAAAAAAAUAACUCUAAAAAUGCUCUGUGAAAGUAAUUCUUUUUUCUAGUCUAGAAUAAUUAUGUAGAAUGAAUGUAAAGUGUUAAAAGUGUAUAAUCAGUGUUAAGCAUGGUCGCGGGACCAAUUAAAACAAAACGUGCAUGGAACCAGUUCAAGAGUGCUGUGCUUUUGCAUCUUUUGUUCACUCUUCCUUUUUCGACGAGAGCUCAAAGUCGUGCGCCGCGGAUAAAGGAACAUCCAGCUGACACAAUAGUUGGGAGGAGCGAACCUGCGACCUUACGGUGCGUUGCUGAGGGCAAGCCCAAACCAACCAUCUUGUGGUACAAAGAUGGCGCCCCACUCGCCCCAACCGAUCAUCCCCACAGGGUCCUACUCGAGGAUGGGCUUCUCUUCCUUAGGGUUAUGCGAGGCAAAAAGGAGAGUGAUGAGGGAGUUUAUUGGUGCGUUGCGCGAAAUUCCGCCGGAGAAGCGGUUAGCAAGAACGCUACUCUCACCAUUGCCGUCCUCCGCGACGAAUUUAGAACUGAACCUCGUGAUGUCAAAGUAGCUAGUGGCGAGUCCGCCAUGUUUGAAUGUUCUACGCCUAAAGGAGUUCCUGAACCAUCUGUCCAUUGGACUAAAGAUGGCCAUACUUUAGACGUAGAAGAAGUAAAUGGGAGAAUGUCUAUAACAGAUGGUAAUCUAAAAAUCCUAGAAAGUCUUCCGACAGAUAGUGGUGUGUAUCGAUGCGUGGCAUCAAACGCGGCGGGCGAGAGACAAUCUCGUCCUGCCACGUUGCUCGUGUUACGUAGACCACAUUUUCUUGUGAAACCUAAUAACAUAACUGCGUUGUUGGGACAAAACAUCGAAUUCCAUUGUCAAGCAUCACCAGAAUCAGAUGUGUCAGUAACUUGGUCCCGUGACAACGGAUCGUUAUCGCCCUAUGCAAUAGUACGGAGAGGGUCGUUGAGAAUUGAUCGUGUAGCGCCAACAGAUGCGGGCCUUUAUACCUGCCGAGCUGAAAGCCAGGCGGGCUCUAGCGUUGCAAGUGCUAUCCUUACUAUACAUUCGCUACCUCAUUUCACAAGAGUGCCUUCAGACCAAACGGCAUGGGAAGGGGAAGCCGUAUCGUUCCCUUGCGAAGCGGAAGGCUCUCCGAAACCAAUUAUAUUUUGGACCAUGGAAGGAUCUCAGGAAUUGGUAUUUCCAAAAGCGAAUCAACAUGGGUCUCUAUAUUUAGAUAGAGUUACAACACAAUACGCCGGUAGAUUGUCUUGUGUCGCUGUUAGUGCUGCGGGGAGUGCUCUUCAUACAGUCACAUUACAGGUGCUAAAGAGGGAAGCCAAUUCCUUCAAAGAUGAUCCUGACUCAUCAUCUCCGUAUCCAGAAUUGAAUAAGCCACAGAACCACCCACCAAUGACACAAUAUGAACUAGUCCAAGCUCGGCGUUACUUACAACAGGAUGUUCUUACUUUAAGAAGAGUUGAAGGAAUAUCUGCUACUACGAUUAAAAUAGUCUGGGACGUCAUGACUGAUUACAAUGAGUAUUUAGAAGGAGUAAAGAUUUGGUUUAAUGGAACUUCGAUAAACAAACCGCAUGCAUUGGAAUCACAGAAUACACAAAGUACCAAUGUUUCGGUAGACAGCCUAGCAGAACUUACGAAACUUGAAAAUUUUACGAUGACCACAGUACACAAUAGCGGAUCAUCGAGCCAUGUCUUGACAGGUUUAAUGCCGUAUGCUCAAUAUGACGUAUUUCUUAUGCCAUUCUAUAAAUUAUUACUUGGAAAACCUUCAAAUUUGAAGUCCGGAUUCACUGAGGAAGAUAUUCCAUCAGCGCCGCCACAAAGCGUUUCGGCGGGAGUGAUAAAUGCGACGUCGGCUUGGAUUCGCUGGGACCCACCUCCUGUGCAUACUUGGAAUGGUGAACUGUCUGGUUAUUUGAUCGAGGUUCGGGUGGGUGGUGGUAACGUCGGUCGCGUGGUGGGUCAGAUGUCGCUGGGCCCGCGCACGCGCGCCGCUGCCGCCAGCUCGCUGCGUGCGGGCGGCCGCUACAGCGCCCGCGCUGCCGCAGUCACGCGCCGAGGACACGGACCCUUCAGCGCACCCGCGCACAUACACAUGCUGCCCACACACACGCAGAGACACUAUGUACAAACGGAACCAGCAACAGACAAAGCAAUAUUGUCAAUGUUCCAAGAAACUUGGCUCGUAGCGCUAUGCGCAACGCUACUUCUAUUAGUUUUAGUUGUUGGAGGAGUUACUUUCUAUAUAAAGCGACGACACUCAAAGCAAAGGAAAAGUAGUCAAAACACAACUGGGUCGGCUAUUGCCAAUGCUCAGCAAUGUUUGUUAGGAAAGGAAGCCGUGUGGCUACGCGAAAGGCCUAUGUUUGAAGGCGCUAACGAACCUAGAAUAGAAAUUUUAAACUGCCACCAAACUCUUAUCCAUGGUGGCCAUUCUGUAGGUACCAUGGCUAUGGAGGCAGAAUAUAGUCUUCCACAACAUCCGAGUUCAAUGACCGCAAUGCCUCAAGAAGAGCAAAGGAGACUAGCUCCCGAACCCUACGCAUCCAGUGCCAUUUAUACUGAAUUAAAUUAUCAAUGUUUGAAAUUGCAGGAUCAAACUGAUGCCGAAGAUUCUUGUAUGAAAUGUGCUGUAAGUCCUGGCUCUUAUGACGACAGUAUGGUCAGAUCAUACAAUGAAAGCAAUCAAUUUUCUAAUGAGGACUGUUCCACUUGUUGUCGAAGCAGCAGUUCAACCUUAACUAAAGAUUAUAGUGAAAUGACCAAAUGCGGAAACGAAAUUGAUGAAAUACAAGAAAUGUCUAUUGAAGAAUGCCCGUCUUGUAAAACGAAUGCUUCUAGAUCGUCCAGUCACCACGACGGUAAUAAAGAUUGGGCAGUAGCUGAAGUGGAGUAUGAUUACCCACAGUGGCAUUGGCUAGGCAGGGAAAACAGUUUUAGACAUGGGACACAAGAUACAAGAUAUUCUAGCGGAGGAAGGAGUGAGCAAAAUUGCCGAAUGAACUUAUGUGACAUUCUUCCGCCACCUCCUUAUGAAAGAGAUUCGCCGUAUCGGGAUAUGCACGCGUUUACCAAUCACUCAGGGACUUCAGGUUGUUCAGGUCAUUCAUACAGAAGUUAAUUUUAAUUUUGUCUUGUUGACAAAUCAUCGCCAUAAAUAUCACUAGUACGUAAUCAAAGCAAUACUAAUUUUAGUGGUUUGUAAAUAUGUAAAAAAAAAACUGUGUACGGUUCUUGCAUGUUAUACCACCAAAAUACUGAUCUCGAUGACUACUGUAAGUUUUUUAUUUCUUAUUCGGACUGUGGUGGUAUGGUAAUUGAAGAAUUCUAAGAUUGUAGUUAUUGUGAACGUGUUACAUAGACUGCAUUAUUCCUAGUGUAGGUUUCAUCUUUAUAGUGACUGUGAUAUAGUAUAAUUUGGUAUCAAUUUUGUUUUGUACAUAUUUUUAACAUAAUAUUUGAUAUCCUUAUACAAUUUUAACUUAACCUAUUUAUUGUGUGUAGUGAGUUUAGCGUUUCAAUUUAACGAAUUUUCAUUCAUCUCGAAAGAUUGAUUACAGUUGUGAAAUAAAUUUUUGUACUGACUUUGAAACUAAUUCGUAUAACUCAUUAUUGAUAAGAAUAAUUUGUACAUUGCCAAGACCGACAGCAUUAUUAAAACACUACGCAUUUUCA